UCCCCGUUCAUGCUCGCUCUCUCUCUCUCUCUCUCUCUCUCUGUCUCAAAAAUAAAUAAAUGUUAAAAAUAAUAAUAAUAAUAAUACAAGAAACAGCCAAUACAAAAAGAACACCCCGAGCCCCCUUUGUCUCCAGAAAAGUAAGAAAUAAAUCGUGAAAGUUACCCUCCCUGUACCAGGAAGUAAAGAGACAUCCUCCAUAGAGCAGAGAAGGCUGUGUAAACACCCCUUAACACCCCUUGUCACCCUUUCCUAAUUUACUACCCCAGCCCAAAUUCUGUUUAGAAUUCCUUCUGAAUCGAAGCUCCCAAACACAAGUUUUCUUUGCCCUGCCAAUUCCUCAGAGAUGCCUUGGUUAUUUCUUGAGGUGUCACUGUCAUUAUUUGGCCACUGUGUUCACGCAAUAAAACUGUUUUUUCUCCUGUCAAACUGUCUCAUGUCAAUUUAAUUCCUAAACCAGCUAGAAGACCUUGAAGGACGGAAGGAAAAAAUCUUCCUCCCUUACACUGGCCUGGAUCUCUUUUGACAAUAAAUACAAUUUUAUUUUUUCCAAAGCAAGAGAUCAGGAUGAUAUUUUUAGGGAAAAAAAGGCAGCACGGGGGGAGAGGGAGCAGCAGGGGGAAAGGUGGAAACUGACCUGAGUUCAUGCCAGGAGCCCAGCACAGGGGACGGCUGAGCUUGUAUAGGGGACAUGCUACCUCAGAUGCGCGAGUGGAGGACCACCGAGGAUGCAUACUUCGCUGUGGCCUCCUAAGCCAGCAAAAUGCAAGAGUUCUCGGUGCACUAAGCCCUGGGCUGGGGGGUCUACACUUGCACUCCGAUGGGGCGUCAUUACUAAAAAUCCGGAGUACUUGAACUUUCUCAUCGGGCACAUUGGAUUUCCUGUAGAGUGCAUCUUACCUAGAAUGUUCUACAAAUCCGGCCCCAACAUCCGACUCUCGGCACCCGGGAAACAUGGUGGGCUCUGCUUUCUGUGUCCUUGCAGAAACUCGGUUCAUUUCACUUUACUUAUUAGCCUGGCGUGUGUGCAGGUUGCCAAAUAUAGAGGGCUGGACCAUGAGACUUUCUCAAAACGUUUCCCAAAGGGCUCCUGUAGGUAGUGAGAAGUCUCGAACCCCCAUCUCUCCCCGUCCCUGAUUUGCCCCCCGAAUCAGGUCGCAUAAUCCGGUACCAUCCCGUCCUCAGACCACUCUGCUCAAGAGGGGCGUGGUAAACCGAACUUUCAAUUAGAGACCCGAUUGUGCACAAACCCAAGCUCCCGCCUUGCCCCACACAGCCCUUAUUUUUUGGCCACGCCCCAGACACUUGCGUGUCGAAGCAAGUCCCACCCACCUCAGUUGGCGGAAAGGGAGAGCCAAUAGCAAUCGUCUAAAGGGGAUCACGUAGGCGUCGAACUUGCGCCAAACCUUUGAACUGGUACGAGGCGCCAAAAGAGGCCAGCUCUGGUCUCGAUCACCACAGGGUGGGCGGAGGCGGUGGCCGUCCACCCCACCACAGCCAUGGAGCCUCUGCCCAGCGGCGACUACUGUGACCUGGGUGCAUACUGUGACCCCGACUACUACUGGCUGGGGAUGCAAGAAGUGGAAAUCACAUCUGAACCUGUGCAGGACGCGGCCCCAGACGCCAAAGAAGACGGCCACAUUGAUGACGGCAGUCUAGUCCCCUUGGGCGACAAUAACCCCCAGGGCGGUGUCAGCUAUGCCAACUCUGGAGGCGACAUCAACCGUGAAGGCGUGGCGAACCCUGACGGCGAAGGGAACCACGAGGCCAGCGGUGUCGUCCAGGCGCUGGGGCAGCAGCACGCUGAAGGGCCACCCCAAGUGGCAGCCGCUGGGGCUCGUCAGCCCCGCGGCAGAGCCCCGCGCUCUAAGUUCACGGCAUUUCAGGUGCAGGAGCUGGAAAGCGUUUUCCAGCGCACUCAAUACCCUGACGUGGCCACAAGAAGAGAACUUGCAAGCUGCAUGAAUGUGACCGAAACCAGAGUGCAGGUUUGGUUUAAGAACAGGAGAGCCAAGCUCAGGAGAACUGAGAGGGCAUCAAUGCCCACAACUACUCCACCUACUAACCUGGAACACCUGGUCAUCCUAAUGCUGGACGGGCCCUAGAAUGUCGCUCUCGUUCAGAAGCCAGAUUGGAGAUGGGUUCUUCCGGUGCCACUGACACCCGGGCCGCCUUGUUGCCCCUGCCACCCUUUUCUCCUCCGCAGUUGUGUUAUCAAUAAAGAGAAAAUUUUUCUGUGC